CCUUGAAUUCCUUUAUUCUCUCCCUCUUACUCACAUACACAUUGCUCUUGCAUGUCGUCGAGUUGUUAAUCGGCCAAGUUUAGUUUGACGAUACUAGACGAUAAUGUUCAAAAAGUUCAAUCCUCAAGGAGAUAUAGUUUCUCAAGUUCCUAUCAAGUCUUCAGUGCAACGGUCCAUCCGUAACCAAAUAUUGGAACAGUUUCCUUCAGUAGAGCCUUUUAUAGAAGAUAUUCUACCGAGGAAGGAAAAGUGGAUACUCAUCAAGUGCCAUGGUCAUAUGAAUCUUAUUUCGAUCAACUAUGAACAGCCAAUAUUUUUCAACUUGAGAACAGGACCUUAUUUCCCUAGUUUGCGUCUGUUACACGCGUAUCCUUUUCUGUUGCCACGACUACAAGUAGAUAAAGGAGCCAUCAGGCAUAUACUAAAAGGAGCAGAUAUAAUGUGUCCUGGUUUAACGAGUGCUGGAGCAAGAAUGGAUGAAGAGUUAGGUAGCAAUCGUAUGGUAGGAAUAUUUGCUGAAGGGAAGGAACAUGCGUUGGCAGUAGGUGUCACAAAACUGUCGACGGAAGAUGUAAAAAACGUGAACAAAGGAGUGGCAGUAGAAAAUAUUCACUAUCUCAACGAUGGUUUAUGGAAAUUAUCUUUGGGAGAACAACAGUCAUAAAAACUUGUAGACAAGUGGCUGGUGGAGUUGUUCCCUUGAAGUAUAUUUUGGCUACUAGAAGAAACCCAAGUAGGAUUUUUAGCAAUUGUUCUUUGAAUAAGAUUGGGUUAUCAACGACUAUUAGUGCUCAGACAGUACGAAUAUGUCAACAUACACACAAGUGUUUUCGCAAGUACUCGUCAUCAUCGCCGUUGAUUGCAUUUAUUUAUCAUUGGAUGAUGGAUGCGCUUAUCUAUCUAAUCAUGUAUGGGAAAAGAGACAGAGAGAGAAAUAUGGUGUAGAGUUGUGUCAAGACUCGUGAGUAUUUGAAAGUAAAAUUUUCAUUCUCUUU